AUGGGUCAGUCAUUUGUGGCUCCCGCAGAGCCCGGCGAUUCCAAGAGCAGCGUGGACAGCUCGCCGAGCGAUGUGAGCGUUUCCGGACACAGCUCGGUCCACGUUUCGUCGCAAUCGUCUCCGGCUUCGGUACUCAACUUGCCGUCAAAGCUGAGCCCCAACGAGCUCGAAGAAAUGGACAGCGACGUGGAGGCUUUUAUACAGGUUCUCGAACGUACGGAAGCCCAGCUACAUAACGCCAAAGCCAUGGAGCAACCGGAAUUGGAGCGGCUGAUCCAAAUGGCAAAACAGACGGUCUUGCGCCUCAAUUUGAACAAAAACCUGGUAAAGUACCAAUUGAGGAGCAACAUGGAGGAGUAUGCAACGGAGCGUCAACUUCUGCUCAAAAACAUCGCAAGCAUCGAGAAAAACAUCCACAUAUUACAGAAUGAGAACGAAUGCAUAAACAUGAAGAACCUGAAACUGAUCAAAAGCUUGAAAACGCUCAAGAAUGACAAGGUGAAAGCACUCAAGGCGGAAAACGCGCUUCUACGCAAACAGAUCCAGGACCAGUCGACCCGCAGCCCGACGAUGUUGGAUGCACUGGGAAGACUUGCGUCGCACGUGCUGGAAGAGGGCGAGUAA